AUGUCAGAUGCUCUAAAUUAUCUUCAGUCUAACAUCAGUUAAACUCAUGAAAAGUUGAACAAUUCGAUUAAAAAGGAUAAACCUGUUAUUACUUAGAUAGUUCGGCAGCCUUCAAUACAUUAAAUUAGAAUCUCAAAAAAUAAUAGAUCUUCCAAUAAUUAAUCAAUUCCAAAUAAAUUAUGCAAUUAAAAAUAGAUUCAUUUAUAAUAAUUACAAAAAGACUAUACAUCCAUCGAAUCAACUAUUUUAUUUCAUACUUAAAUUUGCGUAAUUGAUUUUACUAUGUUGAGUUUAUUAACUACACCUACUAUUCCAAUAAAUCAAUUGCCUAUAACUUAAGAAGAACAAUAAUAAUAAGAGUAAUAAUAAGAAAUUAAUCAUACAGUUAGAUUGAAGGCGGAAAUUAAACUGAAUGAAUAAAUGAAGUAGGACUAUUAAAUUUUAUUAAAAAAAGAUGAAGAUAACAAUUUAAAUUCUUUAAAUUUGAGAACUAAAAGCAAAAUGUUUGGAGAUUUAAUUGUGUUAAAUUUUAUCAGAAAAAAAGCAGAUGGAAACAAAAUAAAUCAUUCUAUACAAAAUAUAUCAAAAUUAAAUAAAUUUAAAAGUGAUGAUUAAAAUUCUAAUCCUUCUAAAUUCCCAUUUAUUGGAAAAACAUCUAUUCAAAUAUAAUUUUAAUUACAAUUUAAUCUUGCUUUACCUUCUAGUCCUGUCAUACUAAUUUAAAUUAAAAAAGAUAAUUUCGAUGAUUAAACUGCAAACAAGCUAAAUUUUUCGAUUAAUUUAUUAAAUACUUAGAAUGAAACUCAGAAUAUAAGAGAUCAACCAAUAAGUUCAAAAGAAAUACAUGUUAUGAUUCCUUUGAAAUAGGAAUCGAAAUAACAUACAUUGCAAAGUUUAUCAUUUACUACAAAUCCUUUUUACGAUGUGGAGGAAUGCUUUAUUUAAAGUUUCCCUAGUAGAACAUUAUAAUUUUAAUAAAUAAAAUUUGAUACUAAUUCUAAAGAAUCAUAUUAUCUAAAAAUAAAUUAAGCAACUAUUUAGAGUGAUUAAAAGAUUGAUAUGUAAGCGAUAAAAUUAAAUAAAAAAUUUUAGCUUUAUUCUCUUCACAAAGAUAAAAUUGAAAAUAACUAGAUUUAGAUAUAAUUAUCAAAGACAAAAAUACAAGAAUAAACAAUGAUAGUAGGAUGUUUAGCUUCAAAAAUUAAUCCUAUAAAAAAUUUAGGGAAAUAUUGUUUAACACAUGAUUUUUUUAAGGAUUCUAAAAAAUAAGUUAAAAUAUCUUUUAAUUAAUUAAAUAUCAAUAGUAAAUAAGUUCACCUUCUAAAUAAAAUUCUUUUAAUAAGUUAAAAGCCAUUAAAUUUAAUAACUCUUUAGUUGGAUAAUUGUAAUGAAACAAGUAAAGUGGUUUCAGAAAUGAUACCAGUCAAUUUAAAAAAUGAAAUUGAGGUUUAAUUUAAGGAUUAAAUAAAAACAAAAGAAAAGCCUUAGUAUCCAACUUUAUUGGAGAUGAAUAGAAUCAAAAUAGAAAGAAUAAAAUAAAUAAUAAUUGGAGUUAAAUUUCCAAAGGAUUAAUUGAAGCAUGAUUUAGAUAUAAAGGAAGAAAUAGAAUAAGGUUAUGGUUAAUAAAAAGUUAAUGAUUCUCCCAAGUUCAAUUAUAAAAGUGUGAAUGGAAGUAAGAUAUUUGAUGAUACAAAUUUGAAUGAUGUAGUAUAGUUAGAGAAAUCCAGAAGUUCAAGUAUUGAUAAAACCACAAUGAAUAUGUAAAUGAGCAAAAAUUAAUCAUCAGUAUUAAACAGAUUUAAGAAAAUAAAAUAUCUAGGUAGAGGUAAGAUGAGUGAUGUCUAUUCAGUAAUAGAUAAGAAAACUGGUAUGGCUUUAGCAUUAAAAAUAAUUUAGAAAUCUUUAAUAAAAAGUAAAGGAUUAACUAAUUUGGUUAGUAAUGAGAUAAAGAUUCAAAUUUGUUUGGUUCAUUAAAACAUACUAAAAUGUUUUGGAGUUGUGGAUGAUAUAAAAUAAGUACAAUUUAUUUAUAAAAUUAAAGAUAGCCUUAAUACUGGAAUUAAGUGAUGGUACAUUAUAUAGUUUAAUAAGAACAUAGAAAUUAUCUAGAAGAUAAAUGAUCAAUAUCCUAUUUUAGAUUUUGAAUGCAGUUAAUUAUUUGCAUUAUUGUGGUAUUAUUCAUCGUGAUAUAAAACCUGAGAACAUUUUAUUAUGCCAAGAUGUUAUAAAACUAGCUGAUUUAGGGAUAUCAAUAAGAGCAAAGGAUUGUUCAUAAUAUUGUGGUACAAUAGGAUAUAUGGCUCCAGAGAUCAUAUAAUAUAAAAAUUAUACAUCUAAGGUUGAUUGCUAUAGUAUAGGGAUUUUGAUUUUUGAAAUGAUGUACUAAAAGCUUCCAACUUAAAUGAUGGGCCAAAUAAAAAACGUUGAAAAAGAUCUUCUUAUAGAUUUAAUGAAUAAUUUGAUAGAGCAUGAUUAAAAUAAUAGAUUCUCAUGUUAAUAAGCAUUAAAUCAUGAAAUUUUUAAAGAGUUUAAAUAAAAUUAGUUCACAAAACUGGAACUCUAAAAAGAAUUAAUAAGAAUACUUUGA